CGGUGCCGGCGACCAGAGCUGCGCUGAGUGUUCAGGGGCCAAGAUGGCGGCGCGCCGGGGACGGAGAGACGGAGUCGCGCCGUCACCAAGUGGGGGCCCCGGACCCGACCCCGGGGGUGGAGUGCGCGGCAGCAGUUGGGGGAGUCGAAGCCAAGCGCCGUAUGGGACUGUGGGCGCUGUGAGUGGUGGGGAGCAGGUGCUGCUGCAUGAGGAAGGGGACGAUUCUGGUUUUGUCAGUCUGUCUCGGCUUGGCCCCUGUCUGAGGGACAAGGACCUGGAGAUGGAGGAGCUGAUACUGCAGGAUGAGACACUGCUGGGGACCAUGCAGAGCUACAUGGACGCCUCCCUCAUCUCACUCAUUGAAGAUUUUGGGAGCCUUGGGGAGCAGAGCAGGUUAUCUCUGGAGGACCAGAAUGAAGUAUCACUGCUCACAGCUCUGACAGAGAUCUUGGACAAUGCAGAUUCCGAGAACCUGUCUCCGUUUGACAGCAUUCCUGACUCAGAACUGCUUGUGUCACCUCGGGAGGGCUCCUCUCUGCACAAGCUGCUCACCCUCUCCCGGACACCUCCAGAACGUGACCUCAUCACCCCAGUUGACCCACUGGGGCCCAGCACAGGCAGUAAUAGAGUGAGUGGGGUUGAGAUGUCCCUCUCAGAUCCCCCUUGGGACUUCUCCCCACCCUCCUUCUUAGAGACUUCCUUCCCUAAGCUUCCUAGCUGGAGACCCUCAAGAUCAAGAGCCCGCUGGGGCCAAUCCCCUCCUCCCCAGCAGCGUAGUGAUGGGGAAGAAGAGGAGGAGGUGGCCAGCUUUAGUGGCCAGAUGCUUGCUGGGGAGCUCGACAACUCCGUGAGCAGUAUUCCAGACUUCCCCAUGCACCUGGCCUGCCCGGAGGAGGAAGAUAAAACAGCAGCAGCAGAGAUGGCAGUGCAGGCAGCUGGCGACGAGAGCAUCUCCUCCUUAAGUGAGCUGGUGCGGGCCAUGCAUCCAUACUGCUUGCCCAACCUCACCCACCUGACAUCACUCGAGGAUGAGCUUCAGGAGCAGCCGGAUGAUUUGACACUGCCUGAGGAUUGUGUGGUGCUAGAGAUUGUGGGCCAGGCAGCCACAGCUGGCAAUGACCUGGAGAUCCCAGUUGUGGUACGGAAGAUUCCUACUGGACCCCAGCCUGUGCUUCUGGAUGACUCACUAGAGGCCAGUCCAGCUUUGAAGCUACUCAUGCCUACACUAGAGUCAGAGACAGAGGCUGCUGUGCCCAAGGAAAACCUCUGCCCUCAGGAAGAGGGGUUGUCAGAGGAAAAGCUGGAGUCAGUCUGCUUGUUAGAGCCCAAGGAGGUCAUGGAACCAAUGAUGCCCAAGGAGUCUCAGAACCCACCAGCCAACACAAUGCUGAGUUCCCAGAGAGCUCGAAAGGGCAGGAGGAAGAAGAGCAAAGAGCAGCCAGCAGCCUGUACAGAAGGCUAUGCCAGGAGGCUGAGGUCAUCUUCUCGUGGGCAAUCUACUGUGGCCACAGAGAUAACUUCACAGGCAGGAAAUUUGCCUCAGGAGGAACUUAAAAGAGAGGUCGCACCUCCCCGUAGUAGAGGGAAGCCACGGGCUUGGGCUCGGGCCUGGGCAGCUGCCUUGGAGAAGCCUAGCUCUGGGAACUUGGAGAGUAGUGCUGGACAAGCUAGUGCUGCUAACGAAGAUCCUCUAGACCUUUAUUCCAACCUGGUAGACAGCAUCCAUGCUAACCCUGUUCCAACUCCUCUCUCACUGGUUGAUUCUGCUCCAGCUGACCCCAUGCCACUUGACUCUGUUGAAACUGAUCCCACUGCAGUUAACCCUGUUCAAGCUGACCCUGUACCUGUUGAUCCUGCAUUGGUUGACUUUGCUUCAGCCAACUCAGAGCUGGUUGACCCUCUCCCAGCUGACCCAGUCCUGGCUGACUCAGCAGAAAUUGACCCUACAGUGGUUGUUCCCAUCUCAGAUGACUUGCCACCAGGUGACCCUGUCCCAGCCGACUCAGCACCAGUUGACUCUGUUCCCAGUGACCUGGCUCCAGUUGAUCCUGUGCUAGUUAAAUCUAGGCCAUCUGAUCCCAGACGUGGUGCAGUGUCUUCAGUCCAGGGGAGUCCAGCUCCCCAGUUACUUCUGGAGUCAGAGUCCUUGGACCCCCUAAAGGCCAUCAUCCCCGAAGUCCGGGAGGUUGUGGGUCCUUUGGAGGUAGAAAGUAGUACCAGUGCCACAACCCAGGAAGCCAGACCUCGGCCUCUUAGCCUAUCAGAGUACCGGCGACGAAGGCAGCAGCGCCAAGCAGAUGCAGAAGAGAGGAGUCCCCAGCCCCCAGCUGGGAAGUGGCCUAGUCUCCCAGAGACCCCCACAGGGCUGGCAGACAUCCCUUGUCUUGUCAUCCCACCAGCCCCAGCCAAGAAGACAACUCUGCAGAGAAGCCCUGAGGUUCCUCCUGAGGCUUGCUUUGUGCCUGUGGGUCCCAGCCCUGCUUCUCCUAGUCCUGAGCCACCUGCAAGCAAACCUGUGGCCUCAACUCCCACUGAACAGGUGCCAUCCCAAGAGAUGCCACUACCAGCAAGACCUCCACCUCCUACUGUGCAGUCCAUGCCCUCCACAAUGCCCACUGCUUUGCCUUUUCCCCCAGGUGGGCUAGGCAUGACUCCCAUGAUGCCCCUUCCUACAGGUGGGCAAGGGAUCCCCAGUCUGCCCCCACCUCCCUUGCAGCCUCCCAGUCUUCCAAUGUCUAUGGGACCAGUGCCACCUGAUCCCUAUACUCAUUAUGCUCCUGUGCCACCCUGGCCUUGUUAUCCCCCUGUGUCCCCUUCUGGCUAUCCAUGCCUCCCCCCGCCACCAACAGUGCCCCUGGUAUCUGGUACUCCUGGCACCUAUGCUGUGCCCCCCACUUGCAAUGUGCCUUGGGUACCCCCUCCAGCCCUAGUCCCACCUUACAGCUCCAGCUGUGCCUAUGGGCCCUUGGGAUGGGGCCCAGGGCUGCAACACCCUCCAUUCUGGCCUUCUAUGCCACCACCUCCUUUGCCUCUGGCAUCUGUUGGGAGAGCUGCUCCCCCACCCAAGGUGGAGCCCAGUGGCAUCCCAGCUGGCCCUCCUGAAAGUGUACUUUCUGUGCCAAUGGCUCCUCCUCUCAGUCUUGGGUCAACUGGCCAGGGAGCUUUGCAGAUAGAGCCCACCAAGGUGGAGCCCACCAAGGUGGAAGUCAAGUCAGUGCCUGUGUCUCCUCAUCUGAAACCUAAGGUGUCCUCCCCAAUGCAAAGCCCCCAGAUUAAGGCUCCACCGUGUUUGUCUGCUGAGAGUGUGGAUGUUGAGGAGCCUGCAUCAGAGAGGCUAAAGCCUGAGAUCCAGGAGACAAGGCCCAGGGAGAAGCCCCCCUCUCCUGUUACCAAGGUUGUUCCUACACCCACACCAAAGCAGAGCACUGUAACUAAGGUGCCUGCUGUCCACCCAGCCCGUCUAAGGAAACUCUCCUUCCUGCCUACCCCACGGACUCAAGGCCCUGAGGAUGUGGUACAGGCUUUCAUCAGUGAGAUUGGAAUUGAGGCAUCGGACCUGUCCAGUCUGCUGGAGCAGUUUGAGAAAUCUGAAGCCAAAAAGGAGUGCCCUCCCCCGGCUCCUGCUGACAGCUUGGCUGUAGGAAACUCAGGCAACGUUGACACUCCCCAGGAGAAGAGGCCCCUAGACCGGUUACAAGCCCCAGAACUGGCCAACGUGGCAGGGCUCACCCCACCAGCCACCCCUCCCCACCAAUUAUGGAAGCCCCUGGCUGCUGUUUCACUGCUGGCCAAAGCCAAAUCUCCUAAGUCCACCGCCCAGGAGGGAACCCUGAAGCCUGAAGGAGUUACAGAGGCCAAACAUCCAGCUGCAGCCUGCCUCCAAGAAGGGGUCCAUGGCCCUAGUCCAGUCCAUGUGGGCUCUGGGGACCAUGACUAUUGUGUCCGGAGCAGGACUCCCCCCAGAAAGACGCCUGCCUUAGUCAUUCCAGAGGUGGGCUCCCGAUGGAACGUCAAACGCCAUCAGGACAUCACCAUCAAACCCGUCUUGUCCCUGGGCCUGGCCGCCCCCCUGCCCCCACGCACAGCUGCCUCCCAGGAGCCACUUGAUCACAGGACUAGCAGUGAGCAGGCAGAUGCCCCAGCAACUUGCCUUGCCCCAUCCGCCUUGCUCUCCCCUGAGGCCUCACCUUGCCGGAAUGACAUGAACACUAGGACUCCCCCUGAGCCCUCAGCCAAGCAGCGGUCGGUGCGCUGUUACCGAAAAGCCUGCAGGUCGGCCAGCCCCCCAAGCCGGGGCUGGCAGGGCUGCCGUGGCCGCAGCAGCCGUUCUAUCAGCUCUGGGUCCAACCGGACCAGCGAAGCAUCUUCCUCCUCAUCCUCAUCGUCGUCUUCCUCAUCCCGGUCCCGGUCCCGGUCCCUCUCCCCCCCACACAAGAGGUGGCGAAGAUCCAGUUGCAGUUCUUCUGGACGUUCCCGAAGAUGCUCUUCCUCGUCCUCCUCCUCAUCUUCCUCAUCUUCCUCAUCUUCGUCAUCCAGUUCCCGAAGCCGGUCCCGCUCCCCAUCCCCCCGCCGGAGAAGUGACAGGAGGCGGAGGUACAGCUCUUAUCGUUCACAUGACCAUUACCAAAGGCAGAGAGUGCUGCAGAAGGAGCGUGCAAUAGAGGAGAGAAGAGUGGUCUUCAUUGGGAAGAUACCUGGCCGCAUGACUCGGUCAGAAUUGAAACAGAGGUUCUCUGUUUUUGGAGAGAUUGAGGAGUGCACUAUCCACUUCCGUGUCCAAGGUGACAACUACGGCUUCGUCACUUACCGCUAUGCUGAAGAGGCAUUUGCAGCCAUCGAGAGUGGCCACAAGCUAAGGCAGGCAGAUGAGCAGCCCUUUGAUCUCUGCUUUGGGGGCCGCAGGCAGUUCUGCAAGAGAAGCUAUUCUGAUCUUGACUCCAACCGGGAAGACUUUGACCCUGCUCCUGUAAAGAGCAAAUUUGAUUCUCUUGACUUUGACACAUUGUUGAAACAGGCCCAGAAGAACCUCAGGAGGUAACCCUGGGCCCUUCUCCCCCUUCCCUCUUUCUUUGGAGGUGUCCAACCUCCUCCACCCUCCCCUCCCCCAAUUUAGGGGAGAGAGCUGCUAGUGAGAUGACUGUUUUAUAAAGAAAUGGAAAAAAGUGAAAUAAAAAAUGUGUUAAAUCA